AUGGUAGGUUUCUUAGCCAAUGUCCAAGGUUCCAAUUCAGAUAAUUGGCACCAAAUUCAAGGAAAGCAAUGUCGGAACUAUGGUAACUACAAUCGAGAGGGUCAAUAUAUCUUGGAUGGGAACAAUAAUCGUGACAACAACUACAACCGGAAUAACUAUGGCAACAGGAAAGAUAGAGUUGAGCUUUAUGUCCCUUCACAGAAUCGGGAAUCUGGCAAUAGGAAAGAUGGGGGUAGUAUUUCACGAAUUGAGGAUAUGAUGGAGAAGAUAAUGAAGAGGUUUGAUUCGACUGAUGAGAAUGUGAAGGAGAUGCGAAAUGAGUUGUCUGGAUUCAGUCAAAAUGUUGAUGCCCAUGCAAUGACGAUCAAGCAACUUGAGUAG